AUGAUAGCUGCCUCCCCCAAAGUCCACCCGUCUGGUUCAUUUAAACCAACCACUGCGGACAUCAUCAAAGUCAAACAAUACUUCAAGUUAUUUGCCAUCCCACUUCCAGAUGAACUCAUCGAUGACAUUAUCGAUGCUGCCUCUUAUUGGGCACACACGUCUUUAACAGUGGAGGGUUGUACUGUUGCCCGUGCCGGCGCAGACAAAAUGUACAUGCGUACAUUGCCUCUUGCAGUGUACGGCACAGAAGGAGACUUCCUCCUCGAUAAAGAAAAUUUGCAGGGAGAAGUGUUUGUGCUUGGUGGGCUACCUCCGACUGAGCUGGAGUGCGCUCCCCCGACACGUGCUAAACCUUUUCGCAUGAUCGAGUUUCAACUAUGGAGUCACGAUCAAGGCUGGGGCGGUGAUCAUGAUUGUCAAGGAACGUACAAUGGCGCUUACUCCUGGUUCGAUGCCAGUGUGGAGAGACUUGACUCCAUGUCAUAUUUCACGAGAAGCAUCGAGUGGCCCUCUUCACUCCUCUUCACCGCAGCUGAUGCACAACGUCUGACAGACAAUGUCACAUUCAUUCAAAAAGACAUCAAGCAACCAUUUUUACCUCCUCCUUCAACUCUCCAGAAAAAUAUUGUUGCGGAAAGGCAAACGACACACCAUGUCAUUACUUGGACGGACCUUGAUGAUGUCAAAGAAGGUUCACCCGAAGCGAUUGCAGCUGGAAAUAGGGGACAGGGAUGGAAAUCAUACGAUGGUAGCUUUAUACGUGACUUGCAGGUCGGCGACUGCAUUACUUUGUGGAUGAGGGCUCGCUUCCCAGGCUGGAAGAAUGAAGCUAUGAAGGCGAAGAUAACGGUCUUUUGGGCAGUAUAG